UGAAGUCUGCAACUGUCUCCAAGGUCAGACAGAAAAUGGCCCUUCUUGUAUAGGGAGGAGCGAACAAAGGCUACAAAGAACUGGGUGUGGGGCACAGUGGGUGGGUGGAGGUGGCAGUGAUCGCAUGGCAGAUCAGAGUGGUUUACAUGGAGGUCAGCCUAUUUUUCAGGAGUGAUGGUGAAGGAGGGCUUGUACGCUGGAUCAGGAUGAGGGUGGGUCAAAGUUUAGGAGCCUGGAGGAAGGAGAGAAGCUUAAGUUUGGUCAAAACAAGGUAGCUGGUAUUUUGUCCAGAUUGGUCAGUGAGAACAAUAAGUAAAGCUAAUCAUUUAUGAGGCAAAAAAAAAAAAAGGGCAUUUGGAGGGUCUAUGUCUGACCUUGUCAUAGGUAAACAAGGGGGCAUCCCUGAGUCUUAUCUAAACCACGUGGGGAAGGGUGGUUUCUUCCUUGCUGUCAGCCCUUUCAGGGGCAUGAAAGGAUGGGAGAAUUUUUUUUUAACCUUCGCUUUCCAGAAUCACAGGUCUCAGGUGAAGUUCAACAUGGUCAGAAUGCAGGUAAAUCUCUCCACGGAUUCAAUCAGCGGCUGACGACGUACGGAGUAAGGCAAAAGAGAAUGAAAGAAGUAGAUAAUCUUGAAAGUAUAAAGGAAGAAUGGGUUUGUGAAACAGGAUCUGACCACCAACCUCUUAGUGAUAAUCAACAAACAAAUUGUGAAUAUUUUGUUGACAGCCUUUUUGAGGAAGCUCAGAAGGUUGGUGCCAAAUGUUUGUCUCCCACUGAACAAAAGAAACAGGCAGAUGUAAGUAUAAAAUUAUGGAAAAAUGGAUUCACAGUCAAUGAUGAUUUCAGAAGUUAUUCUGAUGGUGCAAGUCAGCAGUUUCUGAACUCCAUCAAAAAAGGAGAAUUACCUUUAGAAUUACAGGGAGUUUUUGAUAAAGAGGAGGUCGAUGUUAAAGUUGAAGAUAAGAAAAAUGAAGUAUGUAUGUCAACGAAACCUGUGUUCCAGCCCUUCUCAGGACAGGGUCACAGACUGGGAAGUGCUACACCAAAAAUUGUUUCUAAAGCGAAGACUAUUGAAGUUGAGAAUAAAAAUAAGUUGUCUACUGUCCCACUAAACAGUCUGGAACCCAUCACUAAUAUACAGAUCUGGUUAGCCAAUGGGGAAAGGAUUGUCCAGAAAUUUAACGUUUCUCAUAGGGUAAGCCACAUCAAAGACUUCAUCGAAAAAUACCAAGGAUCACAAAGAAGUCCUCCCUUUUCCCUGGCAACAGCUCUUCCUUUCCUCAAAUUACUAGAUGAAACACUCACACUGGAAGAAGCCAAUUUACAGAAUGCUGUAAUCAUUCAGAGACUCAAAAAAACCGCUGAACCUUUUAAAGAACUUUUAUAACAUUGAUUUUUGAUACACUAAGUGGAAGGUUUCCAGAAAAAUGAUGGUCAUAAGUGGACAUGUACACCAAAAUGGGGGGGAAGUCAGAUUUGCUGAGCUUUGCACUAUUUAACUCCCUCCUGACGAGAAGAUUUUAAAAUAAGUACAAGUUAGGAAAAUAAACUAUGACUGGAAACUAUAUUCAAUGAACUUUUCCCAGAAGGCUACUCAGAAAGAAAAAUAGACUUAUUUUCAAAUACCAGUUAUUUAACAUAAGAUAUAUUAAAUAACUAUAUCAUUUAAAAUCUUAAUACGGUAUAAAUUAGCAAAUAUGUUCAUAGCAUCUUUCAUUCAAACAUCAUUCCCAAACAGCAGUGAUUUGUUUAAAUGUUAGCUGUCUCAGAUUUUUUUAAAUAGCAAUACAUUAAAAAAUUAUACAUGGCAGGUUAAAAACAUCAAUGCAAUUUUUUUAUAUCUGAGAUACAAUCAAAAGGCUGAAAGGAACUGCUUUCACCACAGCUAUGCCUCACCCUCAGAAGUGUUCCCAAUUUGCAUUGUCUAGUGGCAAGAUACACUCAAAUAUUAACUUGGCAACAAUAUCUGGGAUGUAUUUUCAUUUAAGAAUAAAAUUGUGUGGCUUAGUAUAAUGUCAGUAUCAAUCUGCUGACAUACAUUUCAA